UUGUAGGGGUACUUCCGCCGCGCCGGAGUUCCGCGCUAGCUGCGCAGCGGUGACGGAGCGGCGCCGCGCCUCUCCUCCGCAGUGGAUCCGUGUCUCCGGGCUCCGGUCUCGGUGCGGCAGCGGCUCACCUGACCGCGGCACGGCGCUCUGCUCUCGGCUGCCGGAGCUCCGCCGCAGCGGCCCGAACUGGGGGCGGAUUAGCGGGCCGACGGGCCGCUGAGCAACCCGGACUCUGAUACUCACCCUGACGCUGGUCCGGUUCGGUGUUCUGACUGGGAGCAGCUAACCGCCAUCUGCAGCGGCAGAACGGACCCAUCAGCACCGAACCGCACUAACAGAACCUCUAAUUUUACAAGGAAACGGGAUAAUCAUGGGUUCUGGAGAGUCCGGGUCACAGGUCUGAGUGAUCCGGACUUAAUCAGAACCGAGGUGAUAUUUCGGCUGCAGGUAAAGUUCUGAGGGAUGGGUCCAUCAGGACUCGGAACCGAGACAAGGUGACCGAACUGACGGGUUUAACACUGGAACAGGGCCGUUCUGCUGCUGCACCUCCAGAACCGCAUGUCCAGAACCUCAGGAGAGCUCGGCUGCAGGUAGAGCCAUCCGGAACCAUGGGAACCCAGGGCCCGGGCCGGAAGAGGAUUCCGAACCGGGACAAGCUGGCUGCGGAGGAGGAUGCGCUGAGCCAGAUAGCGCGAGAGGCGGAGGCCCGGCUGGCGGCGAAGCGGGCCGCCAGAGCCGAGGCCCGGGAGAUCCGGAUGAAGGAGCUGGAGAGGCAGCAGAAGGAGCUGUUUCACAGCACCAAGGUAGGUCCAGUUCUCCCAGUUCUCCCAGUCCCUGUUCCUGCCUCUAACCCUCUGGUCUGGUCUCCUCAGAAGUAUUAUGGUCUGGAUAACAAGUGGGGUCACAUCGAGCAGUGGAUGGAGGACAGCGAGCGUUACUCUCGUCUCUCUCGGAGACACACCUCGAUCUCUGAUGAUGAGGAGAGAAUGUCUGUGGGCAGCCGGGGCAGCUACCGGCCCUCGGACUACGGCGGCCUCCUGGCCUCCAGCUCUCGGGCCUCCUCCAGGGCCAGCUCGGCCCGGGCCAGCCCUGUGGUGGAGGAGAAGACGGACCGGGAGUUCACUGACAAGGCCUCCAGGACGGCGUCCACGCUGUCCGCCGCCACACUGGCCUCGCUGGGCGGAGCCUCGUCACGCAGAGGAAGCUGUGACACGUCGUUCUCCGUGGAAACGGAGGCCUCAAUCAGAGAGAUGAAGGACUCGCUGGCGGAGGCGGAGGAGAAGUACCGCAGGGCCAUGGUGUCCAACGCUCAGCUGCACAACGACAAGACGGCGCUGAUGUUCCAGGUGGAGAACCUGAUGGAGGAGCUGAGCGACGUGGAGGAGCUGCUGUGGGAGGCCCGGCGCCGCUGGGACGACGCCACCAAGGAGCUGGAGCGUGAGCGCCAGGCCCACAGCGUCCUGAAGGUCCAGUUCAGUCAAACAGAGGAAACUCUGAGGAAAACCAACGAGCUGCUGACGGAAGUGUCUGAUCUGCGUCAGAAGAGCAGCAGCUACCGGCAGGAGAUCUCUGACCUGCAGGAAGCUCUGCAGUGGAAGGAGAAGAAGAUCGCGGCGUUAGAGCGCCACAGAGAAAUCUCCGACAUCGUUCGGAUCGAACGCGACCAGCUCACAGAUGAGGUUGUCCAACUGCGAGACUCACUGAAGACCCAUGGAGUGGUCAUCUCUCCUGACACCGCCACCAACGGCGACGCAGACCAGACUGAGGAAUCUCCCUCCCUAUUGGCCGAGGACUCGCCUCACAGCGGGAGAGAGAGCAUACUUGGGAAGGCUUCACAGCAGCAGCCAGCAGAUGGCAGCAAAACCCCUCAAAAUGACCCCAAAGAUAACAAAAGGUCACUGCCACAGAACAUGAUCUCUGUGAGCGACCAAACCAGACCAUCCAGAGAAAAACGAAACCCAACUGAGAAACAUCCAGGCAGAAACCGACAAACACGGAGCAAGGCAGGUAAAAAGGAUCCGACCAAAAAGCUUCCUGUUAGAGCGGACGGAAAUGAGGCAAACAAGAAACAGCUUAGCAAAGAAGAUCCAGCUCAGAAAGUCUUCAGAUCCAGACUUGUUCCACCGCGAUCUGCUAAAGACAUUAUCCUGGGCAACCGAGCCAUGGUGUUGGGCCUGUCAGCUGCUGAGAAACUGAGCUCUCCAUCUGAGGAGGCGAUAACGCAGGACGCCUCUUUGGCUCUGCAAAGUGAAUCUUCUUCCUCUGAAACAAACUUUGAACAAAAGCAUAUGAGUACUUCAGAUCUGGGAUCCCAAAGUCAAGAUGAAGACAGGAAUGCGGAAGAUGAAGUUUCAGGUUUCAGUGAAGAAGGUCCCAGCCUCGAAGCUGCAGCAGAGUCCAACAAGUCAAAGGCUGAGGCUGCAGGUGGUGAAGAAGGCUCCAUCAGGAGGACAGAAGUCAGUCCGGAAACCAAAGUACAUUUCACAUCUCCUCCUGAGAACCAAAGUACUGGAGAACCACUCCAAAGAGCUGCUCAGGUGCACAAAGCUUUCCCUGAAAGCCCAAAGACAACAUCUCCCUUUCCUCCAGAAGAAAUGUGGACCAGUCUGGUGAUGAAUGUUCAAGAUUUGCUCCAAGGACUAGAGGAUAAACCAGGGUUUGUAGUAGAAAUCUCAAGAAUCUUCUCAGAAAUCCUGAUGUGUCUCCACCACUGGAUCUCAGAUUUGGAGAACACACUAAGGAACAGAGUAGGACGUGAGUCCUGUCUGAAUGAUGGAGGUGGACAUGAAUCAGUGUGGCCAUUGAGGGGAACCAGACUCUCCACGUGGCUUCUGACAAGCCUAACCAGAGAAACAGCAGAAGGUCCUGGAUGUGAAGAAGAACAUCUGGCUGGAUGUUCUUCCUCACCAAGAGUCAGUUCAGCCAGAGAAAGGAUGGAGGACCCAUCUGGUUCCUCAAGCAGAGUUUGUUCAACUUCUCAUGAUCAUUGUACCACUAAUGACAAAAGAGAGAUGAGGUCUAGAGCAAGAGACGAGGAGCUGAAAGCUGAGUCGGAAGCCAGUCCACCUGAUUCUCCUCUAAAAACCGUGUCUGGCGACUUUGUUUUUGUUGAUUUGCAUUUUUCUGAAUCUCACAAGAACUCAACAGACUCCAGGUCUGACAGUCAAACUCAUGUUCUGACUUCUGUCAAAGACUCAAAGGAGCUUGGAGGGAACUGCAGUUCAUCAGCACACUCCAGUGUUGGACAAAGUUCCUUCGUCAGGAGGUUCAUGGAGGUGACCGCUGAAGAAAUCAGGGCCUUGGCUGUUCCUGAGCUGGCUCUGGUGGGCCUCCAGGAGGGACGGCGGCUGGACCGGUCCAGUGUUGGUUCUACUGAGGAGCUGUCGGUUGGAGACAUGGACAGCUGUGAGGAGGCUGAUGAAGAAGAGGAGGUCCAACUGCUUCCAUCACAGCAACAGAACCGAUCCACCAUGGAGGAUGAGGUCCAGGUUAUCGCUGCACCGCUGGGCACCAUGGAACCAGAAACAGAACAUGAAGAACCCGGUCUGGACAGCGGGAAAAAUGACAACACAGAUUGCAAGCUUUCAUGAGCUCAGGAGCGCCCUCUGCUGCUGGUCUUCAUGAACAUUGAACACAUUCAUGUUCAAAUGUUUAUGUUAGAAGAAAACAUGUUGACUGGUAGUUCUGGCUCGAGCCAGAAGAAAACAGGGACUCACAUCAAGAGUUAGAAUCUGGAAAUCUAAAUGUGUGGAGUGACCGAUGAAGGUGUGGAGUGACUGAUGAAGGUGUGGAUGACCGAUGAAGGUGCGGAGUGACCGAUGAAGAUGCGGAGUGACCGAUGAAGGUGCGGAGUGACCGAUGAAGAUGCGGAGUGACCGAUGAAGGUGUGGAGUGACCGAUGAAGGUGUGGAGUGACCGAUGAAGGUUUGGAUGACCGAUGAAGGUGUGGAGUGACCGAUGAAGGUUUGGAUGACCGAUGAAGGUGUGGAGUGACCGAUGAAGGUUUGGAUGACCGAUGAAGGUGACGAGUGAACGAUGGGAAAGUAGCUUUGAAUGUGUUGGAAUAACUAAUCUUCUGAUUAUAACAUAUGUAAGUUUCUACUGAGAAGACGUGUUCCUGAAAAACGAGGAUAGAAUCGUUUUCAUAUCUGGUAAUAAAUGUUUAUCUGAAUCCUG